UAUCCGUAGUAUCUCUUAUUAAUCUGUAGUCUGUAUUUCAUUUACGGACCGAAUAUUUAUUAGUGUUUUUCAAUUUUUACUGCAGUCAUUUUAUUACUAAACUGUAGACGUAAUAAUCGUUUUAUUGAGAUAAGUGAGUCUUGUCUUCUUAGGACGCAGAUAUUCGACCGGAGAUGGAGAUUGAAAUUAUAAAUGCAUCUGGUUCUAAACCACUGGGGAAAAUUCAACUUACUGAAAACAAUUCGAUUAAAGAUGUUAAAGUUAAGAUACAUCAGAAAAUCAACAAAUCGUUAUAUCCCGACCGGCAAGCUAUUAAGUUAGAGGCUAAGGGGAAAACACUUAAAGAUGAAGACUCAUUGAAGUCCCUGAAUCUCCAGAGCGGUGCCGUGUUGUAUGUGAAAGAUCUCGGUCCCCAGAUUUCAUGGAAGAAUGUAUUUUUAGCUGAGUAUGCUGGACCAUUGUUUGUGUACUUAUGGGUUUACCAGCGGCCAUGGAUCAUCUAUGGACCACAGAACACGUCUCCGGGAGCUAUUGCCACGGUAGCAGCAGUUUGUUGGUCAGGUCACUAUGCUAAGCGCCUUCUAGAAACGUUAUUUGUCCACCGAUUUUCUCAUGGCACAAUGCCUCUACGCAACUUGUUCAGGAACUGUGCAUACUACUGGUUGUUCACUCUCUAUGUUGCGUACCACAUCAACCAUCCACUCUACACUGCUCCAUGUAAUACCUGCUUCUACGUGGGUCUUGCCGGUUUUAUCUUCUGUGAAUUGGGUAACUUGAGCAUCCACAUUCUGCUGAAGAACCUGCGUCCGCCAGGCACUAAGGUCCGCAAGAUUCCCGUCCCUGAUGGCAACCCCUUCUCCCGGCUCUUCAACUUUGUCUCCUGCCCCAACUAUACUUACGAAUUUGGAUCUUGGCUCUUCUUUACCAUCAUGACCAAAUGCGCCCCAGCGGGCCUGUUCGCCGCAGCUGGCUUCUACCAGAUGGCGGUAUGGGCAAUCGGCAAGCACAGGAACUACAAGAAGGAAUUCCCCGAUUACCCCAAAGGUCGCAAGGCAAUCAUUCCUUUCAUUCUCUAAAUGAUUUAAGCGUUAAGCUUAACAAAGAAAGUGUAAACAUUAUACUUACUCUUGGGGCAAUAAAUGUUUUGUAAGUUCAACUAUUUACUAAUGGGUUAGUCAUAAAUUCGCGACCUAUAAUAUAGGUAUGUUGGGUCAUUUCUAUUUAUUAACAAAUUAUCUUAGAUUUUCUAUUAUGAGCUAUAAUUUUAAUUGAAUUAGAUUAUUUAAGACUGGGAUAGUGGGAUUAGGUGUUGGAUUAUCUUUUUAUAUGUAUUAGAAUGAAUGUUGUGUGGUGUUACUUAUCGUUGUAUUCAGCUCUUUCGCUUACAAUCGACUUAUUGUGUUCAUAUUAGUUACGCUAUACAUUGUAUGUAAGACUUAGCAGAACUCAUAUUUCUAGGUUCCGACUUUUGAUUAAUGCCGUACUUUAAUGAUUUUUGUUAUCAAAAGGAUGCAGUUAUUUUUAUAAUUUCUUAAUAAUAAGUUGCAGUCGACCCUAUCUAUUGCAUUUACGUUAAAUAAAAUAUUUUCUUAAAAAUA